AUGCCCAACAAGAGAAAAGCCAUCAUGUCACCCCCCUCCUUGAAACGUCCUCGGAUAUCUUACGACGAUUAUGACGAUGACGAAUCUUCGACGACGUCUUAUGAGCGUCCCCGCCAUAAUCCCCUCUAUGGCCAGAAGAGCGCAUUCCCGGGGUUGGAUGAUGGAGGCGAUGAAUUGCCAUAUGAUGACCCGGAGGAUGGAUUGGAAUAUCUACGCAUGGUUCGAUCCGAAGCAAACUCACUACCGGUCCUUUUUUCUGCGCCUACUCAAACUACAGACUCUUCAAAUCUAGCAUCGGACACGAAACGCGAUCUGAAGCCACUUGAACCAAAUAACCUUCCUCUGCCAGCAGGCUUUUACGAGGACGAAGCCUAUAUUGCUCCUGCGGAGGAUGUGGACGAAAACAAGGCCGUACAUUCCCCCUCAAAGCUCGAUGAACUCUAUCCCGAUACGCAAAAAUCCUACAACAAUCUUCUCCGACAUCGAUUCCUCCUCUUGCGAUCGACCCUGCGAUGCAGUCCACCCGCUGGUGCUAUCAACACCCUUGACAAUGACCACCCUAUCAGUCUCCCCCGAAAGGCCGGAUCUGCGCAUAAAAUAUGGCGCCGGCUUUUGGUCACAGUCGAACCACGCAUGGUUCAACUGGCAAGCAUGGACAUGGACAGCGUAUUAGAAGUGCUGGAAAUACUAGCACGGAUGAUGUCUGAUGUUGUGCGGGGCGACGACACCCAGCGCGUACGGCGCAUUGGAGCCUGGGCUUGGGGCUUGUUAGGGAAGUGCCGUGAGGUUGGGCAGCUUUCUACCCGAGAGGUGGGAGUUGUUCGAAAUCUGGGCAAACGAGCCGCGACAAUUUUGCGCAAGGUGCAAGAGCUAGAGAUGGACGAGUAUGAGGAGGAGGUCGAUUCCUCUGUGGUCGAUCCACCAAAGGAGGAAACACAGCAGGGUAAUCUCAUCGAGGAUAAGAAAGAUACCAAGGAAGAAGUUCAGCAGGGAUCUACAGUCCAGGAUAAGGAAGCGACCAAGCAGGAAACUCAGCCCGAACCUACAGCCCAAGGCGAAGAAGAGACCAAGGAAGAAGCUCGACUGGAGCCUAUAGUUCAGAGUGAGGAGAAAAGCAACCAAGAAGAAUUGGCGGAGCCUGCAGAAGCACAAGACUCUAGCAUGCCUGAUGCAUCACUUGAAGAAUCCGACUUGGAGGCAGCCAAGGCGCGAUUGCAAGCUCGGCUGCAGAACAAUUCAGACUCUGCCGAGAUGCCUGCUAGCUGCGACGAGGAAGAAGAAGAAGACGAUUGGUCGAUACAGACCCAUGCCCUGCUCGACAUGAUCAUCACGGUUGUUGGUGAGUUCUUUGGCCAGCGGGAUCUGUUGCAGGAACGAGAGGUCUGGGAUUAA